AUGAUGAUGAGCCAAUCUGUUCUGGCGCUCGUGGCACUCUUGGGCACGAGGGCCCAAGGCGACCUCUACCACGACGUCGUCGCCGGCCAGCAGCCUCUAUCGGCAGCUGCACUCGUGUGCGGCAAGCCGGGCUGGGGCUCGACGACCUUCUACGCCCGUCACAACGGGAUGCCCCUGGCCAAAUGUAGGGAGGUCUGCGUGGCCGACAGACAGUGCCAGGCCUACAGCGACGACCAGAGGGGCGAGACGGGGAACUGCUACCUGUACAGGACGCCCGUGGACAAGACGCCCGUGGUCAGCUAUCCCCAGUGGGCCAUGUACGACCGAGGCUGCGCCCAGCCAAACUGCGGCAUACCCGGCUGGGGCUCGACGACUUACUACAAGAGCUUCGGCGGCAUGCCGCUGGCCAAGUGCAAGGAGACGUGCCUCGCCGACGCUCAGUGCCAGUCGUACAGCGACAACCUUCGGGGCAAGACGGGCAACUGCUACCUCUACCGGACGGCGGUCAAGGACACGCCCUUUGGCCCGUACCCGGACUGGGCCAUGUACGACCGCGGCUGCGGGACCGUCCGGCCGCAAUGCGGCGUGGCGGGCUGGGGGUCGACGACCUACUACAAGCUCCUGUCCGGAAUGCCGCUGGCCGCGUGCAAGGCCACUUGCCUCUCGGACCCGACGUGCAAGGCCUACAGCGACGACAUGCGCGGGCAGACCGGCAACUGCUACCUGUACACGACGCCGGUCAAGGACACGCCGACGACGGCCUAUCCCAACUGGGCCAUGUACGACCGCAUGUGCGGAGUCGCGGAGCCGCAAUGCGGAGUCCCGGGGUGGGGCUCGGCGACGCACUACUCGGUCCACUCCGGCAUGCCGUUGGCCCGGUGCAAGGAGACGUGCCUGGCCGACCCGGCCUGCCAGGCGUACAGCGAUGACUUCCGCGGCCACACGGGCAACUGCUACUUGUACGCGACUCCCGUCAGGGACACGCCGACGGUCGCCUACCCCAGCUGGAGCAUGUACGACCGCGCGUGCCCGGCGACGAUCCCUCAGUGCGCCGUGCCCGGGUGGGCGUCGACCACGCACUACAAGAGCGUCGCCGGCAUGCCGCUGGCCAAGUGCAACGAGACGUGUCUGGCCGACGCCGAGUGCCGCUCCUACAGCGACGACGUGCGAGGCGAGACCGGCAACUGCUACCUCUACAAGACGGCGGUCAAGGACACGCCCUUCGGGCCCUACCCGCACUGGGGCAUGUACGACCGCGGGUGCGUCGCGGGGCACAGGCCGGAACGCCCGCAAUGCGCCGUCCCCGGCUGGGGGAGCACAACCUACUACAAGCUGCUCCCCGGCCUGCCCCUGGACAAGUGUAGGGAAACGUGUCUCGCCGAGUCGGAGUGCAAGGCGUACAGCGACGACAUGGGAGGCUGGUCCGGGAGUUGCUACCUCUACAGGACGGCGGUCAAGGACACAACCUUUGCGCCCUACCCCAACUGGGGCAUGUACGACCGCGGCUGUGGAAAGACCGGAGCCGACGGGGAAGAUGAGCGGCGCCAAGGUGUUUUGGACGAGUCGUGA